AUGUUCGCCCAAAACAUUCUCCCGGCUCUGGCCAUCGUCGGUGUUGCAGCUGCACAAACUGCCACCUUCUGCUCUCAGCCUACAAUCACCAUCAACUCCCAGGCAGACGCGUCUCCUCUUGCAAGCUGCACAUCCGUUCCCGGUACCAUCGUUGUUGGACCAAAUGCCGCAAAUGUCCUCAGUCUUGAUGGUCCUACGACCGUCGGCAGCGUGAUUUGCGAGAACGCUGGUGGAUUGACCAGUUUGGGAAGCACAACAAUCGAGACGAUCAACACCGAUUUCACCCUCACAAACUUGACUCUGAUGUCUACCCUGUCCUUCACAGAGCUGACAUCUGCCAAAAACAUCAAGUUCAGUGCUCUCCAGGCAUUGUCCUCGUUCACCUUCCCAGCUAUCAUCUCCAAGGCAACGACUGUUGUGAUCACAAACACUUUCCUCACAACUCUUAACGGCUUCAAUUUCAUGAGUGUUGCCAGCCUGGACAUCAACAACAACAACCGUCUCCAGAAGUUCGACACUCAAAUCACCAACGUCACCACCCAAUUGACCAUUGACUCCAACGGACAGGCUCUGCAAGUCACCUUGCCUAACCUCAGAACUGUUGGAAAUGCCACUUUCCGAAAUGCUUCGCUCGUUCUUAUCCCAUCUUUGUCCAGCGUCAGCGGGGCUAUUGGAUUCUACGGUUGCAACUUUGAGAGUCUUUCAGCUCCUAACUUGACAUCCGUCGGAGGUACCACACAGGGUGCUAACGGAGGUGGUAUUGCAAUUGUUGCCAACUCCAAGCUCGCCAACAUCUCUUUCCCAAUGUUAAAGAGCGUUGCAGGUGCUGCCCAGAUCGCCAACAACACCAACUUGGGCGCAAUUGAUCUCCCAGCUCUUUCAACUGUUGGAGGCGCCAUUGAUCUCUCUGGUAACUUCACAACACCUACAAUUCCUGACCUAACCCUUGUCGCCGGUGGCUUCAACGUUCAAUCCCAACAGCAGAUUGACUGCUCUCUCUUUGAUUCUCUGUCUGCUGCCAAGUCCAACUCCCAGGUCAUCCGCGGUAAAUACACCUGCAUCACCACUGCUGACGCCAAGAGUGGUGUCGGAUCUGCUACCGGAUCCGGAACCGCUACCGGAACUGGCGCUGCUGCCAGCGGCACCUCAAAGGCUGCCGCUGCAUCAUACGGUGUUAACUCUGCCGCCGUGGGUCUUUCUGUCGUUGGAGGUCUCCUUCGUAUGUUGUUGUAG